GGAACAUGAUUGGCCGUGAAAAAGAUUUACAGAGCAACACUGCCAGUGUGACGACGGGCCGCGUGAAUAAAUAUCCCAAAUCCCUUCAAGAUCAGAAGUUUUCUUUUGGGUAGUUUCUUUCUGAGUUUGGAUUGUGGGGCUUCCAGAACAACAAAAAAACAUGGUCAGCAGAUUUGAACAUCCAGCUGGCAGCUACAAGAAAAUUUUUGAGACUUGUGAGGAGCUUGCUGAACCACUGCCAACAACCGUUACAGGCAGGAUCCCUUCAUAUCUGAGAGGAAGUCUUCUCCGUUUGGGGCCUGGACUUUUUGAGGUUGGGGAUGAGCCCUUCUACCACCUCUUUGAUGGCCAGGCCUUCAUGCAUAAAUUUGACUUCAAGAAUGGCCAGGUCACCUACUUCAACAAAUUUAUCAGGACAGAUGCAUACGUGCGAGCCAUCACAGAGAAACGUGUGGUGAUCACUGAGUUUGGGACAUUUGCAUACCCAGAUCCAUGUAAAAACAUCUUCUCCAGGUUUUUCUCAUAUUUUAAGGGAGUUGAGGUCACCGACAAUUGUUUGGUGAACGUCUACCCAAUUGGAGAAGAUUUCUAUGCUGUGACAGAAACCAACUACAUCACUAAAGUGAACACAGACACCCUGGAGACUCUGAAGAAGGUUGACAUGUGCAACUAUGUGAACAUUAAUGGGGUGACAGCUCACCCUCACAUCGAGGCAGAUGGCACUGUGUACAACAUUGGAAACUGCAUGGGAAAAGGGGCCACACUGGCCUACAACAUUGUCAAGAUACCUCCCACUCAGAAAGAUAAGUCUGAUCCCAUUGAGAAAUCUAAGGUGGUGGUGCAGUUCCCUAGUGCUGAGAGGUUCAAGCCGUCAUAUGUGCACAGUUUUGGUAUGUCGGAGAACUAUUUUGUCUUUGUGGAAACUCCGGUGAAAAUCAACCUGCUAAAGUUUCUGAGUGCCUGGAGCAUCCGAGGCUCCAACUACAUGGACUGCUUUGAGUCCAAUGAGGCCCAGGGAACCAAUUUCCACAUUGCCAAGAAAUCCCCUGGUGAGUACAUUGAUCUGAAGUUCAAAGGAGCAGCAAUAGGAAUGUUUCACCACAUCAACACCUACGAGGACGAUGGAUUUCUGGUUGUGGACCUGUGUGCCUGGAAAGGCUUUGAGUUUGUCUACAACUACCUCUGGCUGGCCAACCUGAGAGCUAACUGGGAUGAGGUGAAGAAGGCCGCCAUGAUGGCCCCCCAGCCAGAGGUGCGCAGAUAUGUCAUUCCCCUGGACGUCCACAAGGAGGAGCAGGGAAAAAAUCUGGUCAGUCUGCCGUACACCACGGCCACUGCAACGAUGCACUCUGACGGGAUGGUGUGGUUGGAGCCUGAGGUGCUGUUUUCUGGACCUCGGCAAGCUUUCGAGUUUCCUCAGAUCGACUACAAAAGACACGGAGGAAGGAACUACACCUAUGCCUAUGCUCUGGGUCUGAACCAUUUUAUACCAGACAGGAUCUGCAAGCUGAAUGUGAAGACCAAAGAGACGUGGGUGUGGCAGGAGCCUGACUCUUAUCCCUCCGAGCCUCUGUUUGUGCAGAAUCCUGAUGGGGUGGAUGAGGACGACGGAAUUCUGCUUACUAUAGUGGCAGCUCCCGGAGCCCAGAAGCCCGCCUACCUCCUCAUCCUCAACGCCAAGGAUCUGUCGGAGGUCGCCAGAGCAGAAGUGGAUUAUUCCAUUCCUGUCACCUUCCAUGGGAUGUACAAACCCUGAUGAUCCGUUUCUGUCCUGUACAAUGCAAAAGAGUGUUGGAACAAAAAAAAAAGAUGAUAAAAUAUCCCAGUGCUGGAAAAUAAAAAUAUUCUAGAGAGAAAA